AUGGCUGAUAUUACCGUCAAGACUUUGUUCAGUGCUAGCAUCAGAACCGAAUUCCAGCAAUACAUCGCGGACAAUCCCAGCAAUCGGCGGGUAUCGCAAAACGAGCGUGACCAGUUUUUACAAUGGCUUACCGCUGAUGUUACGCGACCUUCAUCACAAAAGGAAUUUAGUCGGCGCAACUACGUUCGAAGAUCCUUCAUCUGGGAUGAGGCCACCGGCGAUAUUCGCACUACUUCAGGUAGUAACGAGGAAAAGAAUCGUGUGCUCAUCACAGACGAUUCCAUUGUGGAUGUGGUGGAAAUUAUUCACACCAAUAACCAGCAUGGUGGAUGGGAUGCAACUUGGAACGAGAUACGCAAAUCAUAUUACGGCAUAUUGCGUAACGAUGUCAUAUUUUUACUUCGGAGGUGCUUGGUGUGCGCCAAGGACCCACGGAAACGGCCCAAAGAUUCCUCCCGAGCACCCUGCGACGGAUCGGCUGACAACGGUGCAUCAAAUAUACUUUCUAUUUAUGACUUUAUAAACGAGUAUUCGAUUGCAGAAAAUGAGAAUAAGUAA